GUCGCCGCUGCCGCCUCCACGUCACCACUGCUGCCUCCUCAUCGCCGUUGUCGCCUCCGAGUCGCGUUCCCAUUUACGCUCUCACCCUCUCAUCGUCACCAAAAACCAAAUCAAAACCCUAACCCUUGUUUCUCUUUCACUUGUCGUCGAGCUGCAGUCCUACUCCUCUCUCUCUCCCCUCUCUCAUCGCCCAGCCCCCACCUUCAACCGCCAUCUCCUUGGGAAAUUCGGGGCCGAAGGAGUGACUGAGGGGUCAGAAGAAGAAAGCGGCGAGGUACGUGUUGGAUCCCAUCCCAUCGAGGCGUCGCAGCGGAGCCUGCGAUCCAUGUAUCUCUUGAUGAAUAUUGAGGUGCAUGCAGACCAUUUCUAAAUUUCCAUAGGCCUUUUUUCUUGGGGUUUAUCAUGUUUUAUGCAUGGCGUCAACAAUUCUCUUGCACCUGCAGAAUUUUUGGCCGUUUUCCAUUCUCAAGUCUGAUGAUUUGAAACUCUCAAAUCAACUGGUUGGUAAGCUUUCAAUCCCAGAGCAGACUAAGCAGUUUGUUUUCGCUGUUCGUGAGCCUGAUUCAAAUGUAGUAGUUUAUAUUUUGGCUGCACAAAACCUCUCCGAGCAGUCUGCUAUUGAUGCUGGAUACCUGAUCAAAGAAAUUCAGCCUAAAGCAGUUGUGGUUCAGGUUGCCUCAUCAGCCUUGGAUGAAAUACAACUUGAGGAGAAGAAUUUGAAAGAUGAUCAAGUAAACAAUAUACCGACCUCAUCAUUUGGCGUUCUCAGAAGAUGUCUAACCGAUAAGAUCAACAAAGAUCAGUAUGAUAAAUUUGCGGGAUGCCAAGUUUUGCAAGAAAUUUUUGGGAUUGGAUUGUAUGGUCAUUUCUUUGCUGCUAAACGAGCAUCAGAGGAGGUUGGGUCCCGAUUCUUGCUACUUGAAUCACCUUAUGAGAGUGCUAACACUGCAGAAUCUCCAGGCACCAUUGGAACUGGUGAUAUAAGCUCAGCGUUAAAUUUACAGCCAGCACGCUUUCUCCCUAGAAGUGUGAAACCUUCUGUUUCAAGCUCUCACAGGUUUUUCCUCACUGAUGCGCUUCAGUCCCAAAUGGUAAAGGUAUUGACUCCCUCUCUCAAGUUAUCGCUUCAAGAUGUAGAAGCCAAGAAAUCUGAAAGCGAAUCAAUACACAGCACAUAUGAGGCUCCUCAGCCAUUUGCACAAUCUGUUUAUCCUUUACUGGCUGAUCUCCAUGACAUAUUUAAUGAGCUUCCAGCAAUCAGGAAAGCCUUUGUUUCUGCUCAAGAAAUGCUUGCCAGUAUCAACCUAGGAAAACCAGUGGGUGCUCAACUUCUAUCUGAAGUUCACAACUUUCGGAUUGCAAUCGAAGGUCUAAGAAUAGCUUUGAAUAAUGCAGCUCACUGUCCCAUAAACAAAGUGGAGAGUGGGAAGUCAGAAAGCAAGGUGGAGUUUUCCGAACUCUCUCCUGAUGAGAAAUGCCAUGUUCUCUUUGCACAAGCCCUUAGGAGCCAAGCAAGCAAAUUUGGAGGACCAAUUGUGGCAAUAGUUGAUGCUGCUAGAUUAGCUGAUCUCAGGAAGCACUGGACAACUGCAGUGCCUUCAGAGAUCGCAGAUUUAGCUGGUAAAUGUUUGACUCGUAAUUACUCCAAUGAAAAUGUUGAUGACUAUGACGAUGACGAUGACGAUGAUAUUGUGAAGGAACAACACACUGGAAAAAAGAGGCUAUUAUCAGACAAACCCAUGGUUGCAGUCGGUGCAGGAGCAACUGCAGUUAUUGGAGCUACUUCUUUAUCAAAAGCUGUUCCAGCUUCUACUGUCGUCAAGAUCACAACCUAUAAAGUUCCAGCUAUCUUAAAGUUCAGUUUAGCAAGCCUAAAAAGGCAAACUUAUAUGGGUCUAAGUAAAAUUCUCGGUCCAUCAAAACUUUUAGCUCCUGGAGUAGCGAGCGGAGGAACCAAAACCUCUGCUACCUUGAAGUUCACAGCAUCAGGUGAGAAGAUUCGCGCGGUCGCUCACAGUAUGAUAGCCUCAGCCGAGAGGACUAGCUUGCUAGCAAUCAGGACAUCAUUCUAUGAAAUAAUGAGACGUCGCCAUAUCGGAACAUUUAGGGUUAAACCUUGGGCUACUUUUGGAUGCAGUGUGGCUACUUGCUCAGGGCUUCUUAUGUAUGGAGAUAGGAUUGAAUGUGUUGCUGAGUCUGUUCCUUGGGUUCCUACAAUUGCUAGUAUGGGCCGAGGACUCCAGAGCUUGCAGCAAGCUUCUCAGGAAGUGAAGGAGACGAGUAGCGUAAAAAUAAAAGAGGCUUUACAGUCACUGAUGUAUAAUUUGAAGAAAAAAUAAAAUUCAAAUUUAGUAGUAUAGUUACUCUGGUGAGUUUUCUAGUUAGGAGGAUAUACACUUCCAGAUUUUGAAGGUUGAGCUCAUAUUGUGGGGCACAUACAUGACUUUAUUUUGUUUGCUGACUUUCUGUAUUCUUGAUUGAGGUUUGGCUUAGGGGUAAAUAAAGGGGGGUGUAUAUUGAUGUGGUUGAAUAUGAGGUGUGAAUAAUACCUAAAUAGGGAGUAUUGCAUGUUCAUGUAAAUUAUGUUGAUGCAUUUGCUUGUAUAUAUGAGUAAACAAUACGACUUUGAACUGCGUCAACUAUCAAUAAGUAAUUGAUAUGCCUCAAUUUUUGGCUC